AUUACACACGAUUUCUGAUGGCUUUUAUUCUCUCAGGGUUCUUUGCAAAUUCUUUGCUCAUGGUGCAUGUCUAAAAGGGGAACACUGCGAGUAUUCACAUGAUUGGAAGGCCCCACCAAAUAACAUAUGUACAUUCUACCAAAAGGGUCUGUGUGCGUAUGGAAGUCGAUGUAGAUACGAUCAUGUCAAAGUUUCUCGGUUACAGUCUCCAGACGUGUCUUCAUCGGCAGAUGUUUCUUCAGCCAGUGAAUUUUCUUCUGGAACUGCAACUGCUGUUAGUGCUGAUCGCUCAGCUUCUACUCGACCAUUUUACCCUCCCAGUCAACCUGCUUGGGAAGAGAAUUUUGUGAGUAGUGAUACACUACUAACUGAGGAUGAUUUUGUAGAUGUUGGGGGUGUUGAUCCUGCUAGCCGACCAAUAUGCUCCUUUGCUGCUGCUGGUGAAUGUCCACAUGGUCUAAAUUGCCCUCACAUUCAUGGGGAUCUUUGUCCUACCUGUAAGAAACAUUGUUUGCAUCCAUUCAGACCUCAGGAAAGAGAAGAACACAUGAAAAUAUGUGAGAAGAGGCAAAGGCACUUAGAAGCACUGACACAUAGUCAAGAAAUAGAGUGCAGUGUUUGCCUUGAGAAUGUCCUGUCAAAGCCGACACCAGCAGAACGGAAAUUUGGGAUAUUAUCGGAAUGUGAUCAUCCAUUUUGUAUAUCAUGCAUCAGGAAUUGGCGUAGCAGUUCUUCAGCAUCUGGCAUGGAUCCUCAUUCUGCAUUAAGAUCUUGCCCUAUAUGUCGCAAGCUUUCGUACUUUGUCAUCCCUAGCGUCAUUUGGUAUUCCUCGAAAGAAGAAAAGCAUGAGAUUGUUGAAACCUACAAGGCCAAGCUGAAGUCUAUUGAUUGCAAGCACUUUGACUUUGGGAAUGGGAGCUGCCCAUUUGGGACUAGUUGUUUUUAUAAGCACAUGUAUGGUGAUGGUCGGCACGAGGAAGUGGUUAUUCGCCAUCUUGGAGCUGAAGAUGGAAAUACAGUUAUUGCCAAAGAUAUUAGGCUCUCCGACUUUCUUAGUAAUAUGCGAAUAAGGUGAUUAAAGCUUUAAAGAUUUCAGGGCGUGCUCAGGCUUUUAGUAGAAUUCCGGUGCACAUCUAGCUAAAGAAUUCUAAAAGUGAUGGAAAAAGAGUGCUUUGUUAUAACAUACCGUAGUUCUUCCCUUGAAAGCAAGAAUUUCCCGGAAUCAAGAUUCAAGGGGGGUUCACCCCCCAUUGUACUAAAUUUUGGAUUACAGUAUAUCCAAGACUGAAAAAGUUUUAUAUAUGAAAUGUACAUUCUGUACUUUGGGGGUUAUUUAAUUGUGGUUUAGAGGGCUUAUAUUUUUGUCCAUAUUAUAAGGUCACUCAAUUGAGGAAAUACGAAACGGCUGUGCAAUAUGGGCUCAGUCUGUAUAGACCUCGGUGAAAAAUAAAGAAUUUCGUGUGCGAUGGUGAAAAUGUGUGGAGUUGAUUUAAUUGCCUUUCGUACAGGCGUGUGCUAAUAUUUGCAAUUUUAUUGGCACAGUUUUUUU